CAUUUUCAUUCUCCCUCUUCUCCUUUUUUUUGGACUAAAAAUCAUGUUAUCCACUCUUCUAUCUGACACCUCUUGUGAUCACUCUUCCAAUUGAUUACACAAGUCAAGAAAUAUUAUUAUUUGCUUAUCAUGACUUAUGCAUGAUCCAUAUAUGCAACCUCAAACUCUCUUAAGUUUCUACCUGUUUAAGCAGAAAGAAAAGACUAAUGGCAGUUGGGUUGGCUAUAACAAGUGAAAGUGGACAAAACAAUGGAAAGAUAACCCUUUAUGUUGUCCUCUCUUGCAUGAUGGCUGCCAUGGGAGGUGUUAUCUUUGGUUAUGACAUUGGAAUAACAGGUGGGGUGACCUCAAUGGAGCCAUUUCUGAAGAAGUUCUUCCACAAAGUGUACCUUAAGAUGAAAUUAGCUGAUGACAAAGUCAGCAACUACUGUGUAUUUGAUAGCCAACUAUUGACCUCUUUCACAUCCUCUCUUUAUGUUGCUGGUCUUGUUACUUCCUUUUUUGCUUCUUAUAUCACCAAAGCCUUCGGUCGCAAGCCAUCCAUCGUAGUCGGAGGUGCUGCAUUUCUUGCCGGAACAGGACUAGGAGGUGCAGCUUUUAAUGUGUACAUGCUGAUAGUUGGUAGACUUUUGCUUGGAGUUGGGGUUGGUUUUGCAAAUCAGGCAGUUCCUCUGUAUCUUUCUGAAAUGGCACUACCACGACUAAGAGGGGCAAUUAACAAUGGCUUCCAAUUAAGCAUUGGCAUUGGUGCUUUGUCUGCUAAUCUAAUAAACUACGGAACAGAAAAGAUUGAAGGAGGUUGGGGUUGGCGCAUGUCCCUAGCCAUGGCAGCAGUUCCAGCCUCAGUCCUAACACUAGGUGCACUUUUCCUCCCCGAAACUCCCAACAGCGUAAUCCAACGCAGCCAUGACAAACAAAAGGCCAAGCUAAUGCUUCAGCGAAUCCGAGGCAUGGAAGACGUGCAAGCAGAACUUGAUGACCUUAUAAAAGCAAGUUCUCCUUCAAAAACCAACAACAAACAAUCUCUUAAGCUCAUUUUGAAAGGAAGAUAUAGGCCACAGCUUGUGAUGGCAUUAGCAAUACCAUUUUUCCAGCAAGUGACAGGGAUCAAUGUCAUUGCCUUCUAUGCCCCUUUACUUUUUAGGACAAUUGGGUUAGGAGAAAGUGCAUCGCUGUUGUCAGCUGUGAUGACAGGAGUGGUAGGUACUGGCUCAACAUUCAUAUCAAUGUUCGUAGUGGAUAAACUUGGAAGGAGAACCUUGUUUAUGAUUGGGGGCAUUCAAAUGUUUGUAUCACAGUGUAUAGUUGGAGGCAUAAUGGCACUUCAUCUCAAAGAUCAUGGUGGAUUAAGCAAAGGGUAUGCUUUUGUUGUUUUGGUUAUGAUAUGCAUAUAUGUUGCUGGGUUUGGAUGGUCAUGGGGGCCACUAGGUUGGUUAGUACCAAGUGAGAUUUUUCCUUUGGAGAUUAGAUCAGCAGGGCAAAGCAUCACAGUGGCAGUGAGCUUUAUCUUCACUUUCAUUGUUGCUCAGACUUUUCUGUCCAUGCUUUGCCACUUCAGGUCUGGGAUUUUCUUCUUCUUUGGAGGUUGGGUGGUGGUGAUGACUACGUUUGUGUACUAUUUCCUGCCAGAGACCAAAAGUGUGCCACUUGAACAGAUGGAGAAAGUGUGGCAAGAGCAUUGGUUUUGGAAGAGAAUAGUGGGUGAAGUGAGUGAUAGACAGCAUAAAGGUGAGAUAUGAAUCUGAUGCUUCAAGGAAGAUCUAAAUCAAAUGUUCUACGGAUGUUAGCCUUUAGCACAAGAAUUUGUCCGUAUAUCAUUACACUGAUCAUAAAAGCAAUAAAAUUGUUUUUUGUUUGAAAAGAUAGAUUUUAAAUUUAUAAACUGAUUAGCAGUAUUUGGGGAGAGAAAGAGAAAAUCGAACACUGGAAAACUGCCAUAGAGAAAGAUGUAAACAGGAACAAGUUAUCACUCUAGAACUCGAAUGCAUCUUGACUUAGUCGUUUUACUUAAGAGUA